UAGUCCCAUAAUAAGAAAUUUUCGACAGGAAAAGACUAGUGGAAAUGCAAAUUGUUGUUAAGUAUACAUUUCGUUAACUGAUACCCUAAAGUUAGCAAUGUGAAGAAAUCAUUGUUAGUGCUGGUUUGACAGUUGAGUUUAUGACAGCGAACCGCUGUUUAAGCUAGUGCACAUCGAUUUUUUCCGUUCGAAGGGAGUGCGAAUGUGGAUCCAUCUUUUGUCUCAUCCCAUAAAAAUUACAUAGUUGCAAUACUGAAAGAUAGGGUAUAAGAAGUCACACGAAAAUGACAAAAACCGACCACGUUGCCCUAACACUACCCUCAACAUCCAUAGCGAGCAUAACAGGUGGCGCUGGCGGCGAUGAGGGUAACCUAUCUCGCAAAAGUCUGCGACGGUCAUGGAAUCAAUUGCCCCGUUGUCAACGUAAUCUCAUUAUAAUGGCCAUAACAGCAUUUCUCUUUACUGCUUUGCUCUUUUUGCCCGGUGAUCAGCUAAUAAAUAUAAAGGAUGUGCAUUUAAAGCCCGGAGCGGCUCCUUUUCAUAUACGACGUGAAAAUACGUUACAGAAUCCCCAUCACCAUCCUAAUCUCGAGAAGGAAAACAAAUUAUACGACGAUGUUCCAGCCGCUGUGGCAUCUCCAAUGACAGAUGGGAGCCGCCUGAUUAAAACAAAGCCGGCAAAAGAUAAGUUGGAUGGCAGGAUGGCCUAUGCCGAUGGCAAUACCGCGGAACACGUUGUUAAACUUCCGGAAACGGUGGCCGCUAUCAAUGAUAAUAACAAUGGGCUAAUCGAUAUAGUAAAUAAUGUAGACCAGCCCAUUGAAGAGCAGUCAUCUUUGGCUAUCAGCGACCCGUUGAACAUUCGCACAGAACUAGAGGAGGCUAUUAGACAACCCUUCAAAUUAGCAGGUGUCAGCAUUGAAUCGCAUCUACAGAAUAUGGAAACAGAGUUGGCAAAAGGGCAGCAUUUCCAUGGAGCUACCAAUGAGCGGCAAGCUGCGGUUGUAGCGGCUUUUAAGCACUCUUGGGCUGGGUACAAGACUUACGCCUGGGGUCAUGAUAAUCUAAAACCGGUUUCCCAGAGCUCACACGAGUGGUUUGGUUUGGGGUUGUCAAUUGUGGACUCUCUGGACACUAUGUACAUCAUGGGCUUGGAAGAUGAAUUCAAUGAAGCACGUGAUUGGGUUAAAAAUUCUCUGCACUUUCACACGAAUCGUGAUGUGAAUCUCUUCGAGGUCACCAUACGUGUCCUGGGCGGACUGCUGUCUGCUUACCAUUUGAGCGGCGACAAGAUGUUUUUGGUCAAAGCGGCUGAACUGGGCAAUCGCUUGUUACCUAGUUUUCUUUCGCCAUCGGGCAUACCAUAUUCGGAUGUGAAUCUAGGCGAAAGGUCUGCACAUUCGCCAAAAUGGUCUCCGGAUAGUUCAACCAGCGAAGUAACGACCAUACAGUUGGAAUUUCGGGAUCUCAGCCGCUCCACUAAUGUACCUAUUUUUGAGCGUGUGGUAAACGUAGUUAACGAUAAAAUACAUGCGCUGGAUAAAAGUCAUGGCCUGGUGCCAAUAUUUAUCAAUGCAAAUACAGGAACCUUUAGGAAUUAUGCGACCAUCUCCCUGGGUGCUCGUGGAGAUUCCUAUUAUGAGUACUUACUUAAGCAAUGGCUGCAAACAGGUCGCAAAGAUAACGACAAUCUUAUUCUGGACUAUAUGCAAGCAAUAGAUGGCGUCCUCACGCAAUUGAUGAGACGCACGCCAAGAGAGCAUUGGGUUUAUAUUGGGGAACUGAUAAAUGGUCAUGAUUUUAAACCAAAAAUGGAUCAUUUAACUUGCUAUUUGCCUGGCACACUCUUGCUGGGCCAUGAUAAUGGCAUGCCCGACUCACAUCUACUGCUUGCCAAGGAUUUGUUGGACACCUGCUAUCAGACCUACAUUAGACAGCCCACUCAAUUGGCGGCUGAGAUUUCGUACUUUGCGCUAAAUGAUAAGGAUGACAGUGACAUCUAUGUGAAGCCCAAUGAUGCUCACAAUUUGCUACGACCCGAGUUCAUUGAGAGUCUAUAUUAUUUCUAUGCACUUACCGGCAACCGGACUUAUCAGGAUAUGGGCUGGAACAUUUUCCAGGCCUUUGAGAAGCAUUCAAAAGUAGCUGCCGGCUAUACAUCUCUGGGCAAUGUGAAAAAUACGUUAAACACACGAAUGCGCGAUCUCAUGGAAAGCUUUUGGAUGAGCGAAACUUUGAAAUACUUUUAUUUGCUAUUUAGUGACAAUCGCAAGGAGAUAGACCUAGAAAAAUGGGUCUUCAACUCUGAGGGUCAUCCACUGCCCGUGUACCAACAUUAAUUGUAAAUACGCAACCGAAUUGCUUCAUCAAUACCAACUAAGAUAGGUUAUAAGGUUAGUUGAACCCCAGGAAGUGUGAAAAUUUGGCGGUAUCCCUUAGUCGUAGCUUAGCACAAAUGCCAAAUAAAAAUACUAUGCCAAGCUCUGGAUGCAAAAUAUAUAAGUGCCCUUGGCCAAAAAUUCAUAAUAAUCAAAAAUAUGCUAAAUGAAAGCAUGUCAAUGAUUUGUAUGAUAUUCGUACUGAUUUAGCGCAUUAUUUUUAUUAUUUAUUUAUUUACUAAUUAUAAGCCCCGAAAAUUUGUUGCGCCCAAAACUCUAGUACUCUAACUGCCGCAAUGUUGAUAAUUAUAAUUAGGAAUAAUAUCGUAUAUAACAUAUAGCAAUAAAUAACUGGUAGGUACUUAGUACAUGUGUAUGUAAUUUCCAAUAUGAUAUUGAAUUUGUAAAACCCAGCACAAUGCAUUGUUUAGUAAAUUAAACAUUUAGCCUGUUUUUAAAAUAAAGAAAUAAAUAAAGUCUUUAGAUAAUAUUUAAACAUAUAAUAUUGGAUAAGGUGAAGGUGAAUAUAUGUUUGUUCACAUAUACUGAGCUGAAAAUUUUAAUUAAUCAGAAAGUCGCCUCUAUAAAAUAUCAGAUAAUAAAAGACGCAUAUUUAAAAUUGUC